CAGCUUUACUGCUCAUUCCAUUCACGAAUCAUCGGAGUUUGGAAGCCAUUUGAUUGUGAGUCUAUCAAACGAGGAAUCUAUGGAAAAGUUAAAAUCCAAUGAUUCGGGAAUGGAAUGAGCAGUAAAGCUGAAAUGUUUUGUGAAUAUCACAGACAUAUAGAAGAGCGAUAGAAACAAGUUUGAGCUCUUAACUACUUUUCUUGAUAAAGUUAUGAAUUUUUUAAUUUUUCUGUCUUUUCCUAGGAAAAAGUAGAGAAACCGCUUUGACUUUUGACCAAAGCACAAAAAUGCUUUUAGGGUUUUUACCAGCUCGAUAUCCUCUGUCUAUCGAGAUAUGAAUCAUUGGAAACGGAAGUGGACACCUAGAUAGGUUUCUUCGUUAGUUAGACGUUUCAUUCCAUCAUAAGAUAGUUUUAUCACACAAUAUGCAUAUUGUCCAAAGAGGAGGCGAACAGUAUGAAAACGAGUUGUCUUCAUAAAAACUGUCCCGAACAUAUUCGAUGAUCGUCUGAUGGUAUGAUACGUAUUAUACAAUUCACCCAUAUAUAACUUGUUUAACGUAGGAUCAAGCACUUCUAUAAAGUAGAAUAAUCAUACAACGAAUAAGACAAUUGUAGAUGACUUCCAAAAAGGACUAUAAAUCGAAUGAAUAGAUUUGCGCGCGCAAACAUUAUUAUCUGACUCUUUUCUAUCAAAAGUGUUUAUUUCUCAGGGUAUAAUAAUAAUGUUUUUUGAAACAUGUUUUAUGUUUUUAUUCUUCAUAUCAUUUAUAGCAUCGUGUACCUAUAAAGUUGAUAAUAAGCAAAAAUGUAUACUAGAUAAAACAACUGUUGACUGUGCACAUCAAAAAGAUCCUGAAUAUUUUAAGAUUGAAGGGAAAAAUUGUAAUAAGAAGUUAAAAUUAAUACGUCUCAUGUUUUCAACAACCACAAAACUGCAGCAAUUUUUAAAUGGAGAAAAACCCAAUGUUGCUGUUCAUUUAACUGAUGAAACAUCCACCAGAUUACAUAUUAUUUUGGAGACACAUGACACGUCCUUAUUACAAAUUGAUAGAAAUAUAACUGAAAAACUUGAAGCUCAGAGGAUUACUGGACUUCUAUUUGAGAUAUAUCAAGUAUCAAAUAUUGAACAAAAUGAUUUAGUUAUCGAUGAUAUUUAUUUGGACAAACAAUGGCCAUUGAUUGUGGAAAUUAGAAUUUCGUGUCAAGCUGCGAAGAACCAGUACAUACAGACAUUUUUCAGCAAAAUGUCUGAAUUCAAAUUCAGAUGUGAAAAUGUUCUAUUUACAUCACAAUGUGAAAUGUUUAUUAAAACGAGUAAUAGAAGAAGACAAUUUUGUAAACUAGAUAAAUAUAUAGCAGAUUGUACAUCAGCGGGUGUAUUAGAUAAUGGUCAAAUUGUUACACUUGAAAGAUGUAUCAUUGAUGUUUUGAAAGUACGUUUUUCAACAAUAACGACCUAUGAACAAUGGUUAACAAAAGAUAAUUUUCAAAUACUAUUUAAUGAUCCAGAGCAGCGAAUAAACAGUUUGACAAUUGAAAUAGAUAAACAAGACAAAUCAUUUGAUUAUACUGAUGCACAUGUUAGAAUAGUAACAAAUCAUACAAAAAUUGUUCGAUAUGAAUUACGCAUUAAGGAAACGGUUGAUAGUUUUCAGCAGUUGAAAUUUACAAGUAAUACACAAAUGAAAAAUACAACAUUGCAAGAAAUAAGAGUUGUUGGACCGUGCUAUCGAAGGAAUGAUAAAUCUAGUAUUGAAAUUUUAUUUGAUCAACAUCAAGACAAAAUAUCAUUUGGUCCAGGCGGAUGUAAAAAUGUAGAAUCAGAAGAGUCAACAAAUGAUAAUACAGGAAUUAUCACAGUAGCUUCGAAUUUUUCUGCUAGUAAGCAAAUCUUUUUCCGUUAA